UCAGCUGAUAUUCUUGAGUUCAAAUGUUGAUUGUACCUUAGAUCAGAUGUUAUGAAUGCCGGGAUAAGCCAAAUGUCAUAAAUUUAUAGUGGCAAGAGAAUAUGUACGCUACACCAAUACGUGUGCAACACCAAGUGCCAUACAACUACUUCACAGGAACUUCUCUCCACAUUGUCUGGCUGCAUGCAGUUUACAUAUAGAACCCAGUUGACUAAUAGAUCCUCUGAACUGCUAAAAAAUAUUCUGUAGAUGCUGAGCUAAUACAGGAUGACGGAAGUACUGAACAUGUCAAGUGGUGAAGAAAUAGAACAUCUUUGUAACGAUGUCCUUGCUCAACUCAUAGAUUCUUCAUACAAAAGUAAAAACAAUGCAUUAAAUCAGCUGCGCCUAAUUUGUGGCAAAAGUGAGUGUGUUUGUGGAACCCUGACUCCUUCACAGAACCUGAGCUAUUUGCUGCAAGUACAAGCAGAGAAGAUUCUGGACCUGUCCAUCGGUCUGUCUCUCAUCCGCAAUUACACCAGCCUAGCUCAAGAUAAACGUUGGCAGUCUGUCCUGGAACGGAUGCUGAGACUUUCACUGUCUGAUUCUGCCUCGGACAGCAUAACUCAUUUCUUUGAUCAGCUUUGGAGAUUUCAUGGACUAAAAUUUUUUACCAUCAGUUUGGUAGAAGACUUCAUACAAAGCAAGCCUAAAUAUUUGGAAGAAGAUGUUUUUGAAGUAUUUAAAGAAUCACUCCAAGGUAUAAAACCCAGUUGUGUUUGGACACAUGAAAAGUUUGAUAGACUCGUUUACUGGAGCAGUAACUCAACAAGGAUAUUUUGUACAGUGACUAGUGUGCUAAACAUGUGGUUGCAGAGGAUUGUGGGUGCAACUCGGCUGUACGAAGGCUGUGUCACCAUUGUUGUCAGUUUUAUAAGCAAAGUCAGGUUAAAGUGUAUGGAAAGCAAGAGAGAUUUUGUGCUUCUCUAUCCGGCUGAGCUUCAUAGUAUAGUUUCCCUUUUGGACAUCAAAUCAACGAUUUUCCCACAUAUUGCUGCAAGUGUGGGAGCUUUGACACUCUCAACUGUUGUCUCUAUUUUGCGACAAAAUCUUGAAAAGAAACCAAUGCAAACACUUUGUCUCCUCACUCAUUUUCCUGAAUGGAGCUCUUUCUUAAAUAGAUAACAAAAAUAGUGAUUAUUACCAUGCUUACAUUAUUGCUAUGAUUAUUUUUAAGCUCCAACAUGUUAUUUUUAAUGAUUAUUUUAAUAAUUACAUUUCUUAAAAAAGGAAAA